GUAUCAUGUGUAUUUGUACUUGCGUAGUCUAUGGCACUUGUAAAGUGUUGUUUUAUGAAUUGAAAAUUAAGGAUGUAUGAUACGCUAGCAGAAUGUAUUUCUUGGCAGUAAGCCAAUGUCUGACGUGUAUACAAAAAAUCUUGGAUAUGGUGGUAUAGAUAUGGCAAGAAAGGACUAAUUUGAUAAAACUGCAAAAACCUGCUUAAUCAAAGUAGAACCCUGAGUAGGGUGAAUGAGAAGGUUCCAUUGGGAUUCAAACUCACUACAGCAAAAUUAUCAGACAACUAUGAUUUUAUACAAUCAAGUCUUCGAAAUUGGACUCCCGAGGGUGAAAUUGGGAAUUCCUUUCCUGUGUAUGUUAAAAACGCUAUACCAGAGGCGAUUCUUCUCUACGGCAGCCAGUAUUCUGCACAGCAUGGCAAAGUACAGGGUUAUAUUUGUAUUAGGAGGACCUGGAGCCGGGAAAGGAACACAGUGUGAAAACAUUGUCAGGGAUUUUGGUUUUGUACACUUGUCUGCUGGGGACCUUCUGAGAGAGGAGAGACAGCGUCCAGGAUCCGAGUUUGGAGAAGAGAUAGAGACCCAUAUAAAGAACGGCACCAUAGUCCCUGUCGAAAUUACUUGUUCCCUUUUAAACAGAGCCAUGGAAAAUAGUAGCAAAGACAGAUUUCUAAUUGAUGGAUUUCCAAGAAACCAAGACAAUCUAGAGGGCUGGAAUAAAGCGAUGAUUGAUGUGGCAACUGUCAUCAGAGUGCUGUUUUUUAAUUGUUCAGAACAGGUCUGUGUCGAGCGAUGUUUGUCUCGAGGAAGAACAAGUGGAAGAGCAGAUGACAAUGAAGAGAGUCUCAAGAAGAGGAUAAAGACUUACAAUGAAUCUACUAUGCCUAUCAUAGCACAUUAUCGAACAUUGAACUUAGUUAGUGAAAUUCAUGGAGAAAAUGAACCAGCUGUGGUUUUUGAGGAUGUUAAGAAGGCCCUGGCUGAUUUGAAUUGACCUUAGCAGCAUUAUAGCUCGGUAACAAAGCUUUGCUGUUGAUUUUCUGCCAUGGCUGCCUCAGGAAUUUUAUAUGACACAAAUUCAAUCUUUUUAUUCGUUUUAAUGUUUUUAAUGACCGUCUUGUCAUGUAUUGCUUUGUAGGACUGAUUUAAAUUAUUUAUUAGAUUUUUGAUUCGUUUAGGUUUAUUGUCAUACAAAGAAUUUAAUUUUUACAAUGAUACAUGCAUAAAAUUAAUUUGAAGAGAAAUCUCCCAAUGAAUCCAAAGCAUUUUCUUGAUUUCUGUUUUGUAUUUUUUAGCUAUAUACAGCAGUUUCUUUUUACCAGAUGAAAGGAAUAUACAUGUAUAGGACACUAAAUGAUUGUACCAUUGAGUGCAAUGGUCAUGCUAAAGAGCUAUGUUCAAUGCUCAAAUGUGAUGGUAUAGAUUGCUAAAGUGUAAUAGUUUACAGAAGGAAGCCAAAAUAUGAUAAAAGAACAAAACGUGCAAGUGAAGUUUGAAUUUAGUACCUGGCUGUUAAAAUGUGUGAAAAGCGUAAAAUAUUUGGGUAAAAAAAAAAUUCUAGUCCCCAGAGAUGUCAUUAUUGUUGCUACACGUGCAUUUAGAAUGUCAUUUUGUGAUUCUGAAUAUGAGUGAUUAGGGUUAGCAGGGAACUGGAACAGCUUUAUGAACCUACAGGCUUUUGGGUCAUUUGCAAAAGUUUUGCUUGUAGGAGGUGCUUUUGCUAUAAGUUGUAACUUACAUGGAGCAUCCUUUUACAUUGUACAGUUUUUGAUUUUGUGACAUUGACUUUGUUUGUGAGAUGAUUGUUGUGAACCUGUUGCCCAUGACAUCAUAAAGCUGUUCUGUUUCCAACAUCUAUAGCGUUGAACCAUCAGACUUUAGCAUGUACAUUAAACUUUGGUAUGUUCCAUCAUACAUUGGCAUGGUGAUCUUUCUUUAGUGCCAUUAUGUUAUUUUAUAGGGUCUUCAACAUGUAUCUUUAUGUUUGAUAUAUGCUGAAGAAUAUGUGAAUAAAACAUUUACUUCACAGGUAACUCGCUGUGUUUUAUCGUGAGAGCUCAGAUUCCAUUCAUUGGUAAAAUUUUAAUUCCCUGUGGUGAUUUUUAUGCAUUUUUGCAACCAAAGAGUCAAUACAAUAUACUAGGUACUCCCAUUGUUAACUGUAGAGAUUUUUUUUUCAAGGGUCCAAUCUUUAAGAUUAGUAUUCAAAGACACCCUCCACUCUACUUGUUCAGCCCGGUUUUGACACAUUGGUUCUUUAAUACAAUUAGGCAAAUUUGUUUCCAAAUACUUAUGUCUAUCUUCAGUAAUGAUGUAAUUUUUUGUUUUGAUUGUUUAAUCACUCAGUGUGCUUUUUCUUUUUUGUUGUUGUUAUAAAACCCGUUAUGGUACUUGCAGUCAUAUCAUUCUACAAGAGUGAAAUGCAUUGAAACUUACUGUGUAGGUAUGCCAGUAUUUUUUGGAGAUGUACCGGAAAUCGUCUUUUAUUCGAAUGUGUGAAAUAUCUGUGAUAUUCAAAAGGGUGUUAUUCCAAAGAAUUAUUAUUGCACACCUGUCAAAUUAAAAAUCAUUAAACCAUUCAAGUGAAUCAGUCACUUUGAUAAUGCAUAAUGUGUAGGCUGGCAAAUAUUACUCCUCACAAUCGGAUUUUAUAAGAUUUAUUACUCCUCACAAUCAUAUUUAUUUCUUCUCACAAUCAGAUGUAUUAAGUCUGCUCACAACUAGAUUUAUUACCUUUCAUGAUUUGGUUUAUUACUCCCCCAUUAGGCGUUCCAAACAAUUCUGAAAUAAAGGGUUCUGUAGGUCGUUUUUAAGAGAUAGGAAUUUUUUAGAAGUUACAGGCUGUAAUGAUCAAUUUGUAUGGGUACUGUAUUCAUUUGUGUCCAGUUUACUUUCUUUUUGUUGUAAUCAUUGCUUUUGUGAAGAAAUCCUGGGAAACCAUAGAUUAUCUAUAAAACUAAAGUGUUUUAGAAGUGGGGUAUAGUCCUAUAUGUAUAAUUUACUUUUGUGUAGCUGGCAUUCAAUAUAAGUUUAUUUACAUGUUUAUUUUUCUUGCUAUAAUGAUUUAAAAUCAAAAUAAAAUGCUGUAAACUUGGAAUGAUGAGGUAGGUUUUUGCAAUUUAUCAUGUAUAUCAAUCGUUGAUGCCAUGUUAAUUGUGGAAAUAAAAAAUAUACACAAGAAUGUC